CUUCAAUCUGAGGGUGCAUAAAAUAAUUCAUGUGCAUUCAUUUACAAAGCUCAAUUUUAGACCCUGGUAGUGGUUGAUGAAUAUCUUCUUGGUCCACAACAUAGUGCAGUAGGAGCAUAAAGUUAAAGCAUGAAAGACUAAGCUAGCUAGCACUAAGGGAUGCUAUCACAAUGAGAGGUACAAACUCAACCAAAGAUCAAUCCCUCACCCAGAAACUUCUUCCAUGUACACUCCAUGUUUUACUUCCUAUACCUCUGCUACCUUUAGUUCUGCUUUCCUUUUACUUUCACCCUCUUUCUCUUACUCCAUCUCCACCAACUAAGCUCUCUCUUUCCACCCCUUCUCCUUCUCCUUCUCCUUCUCCUUCUCCUUCCACUCCUUUUCCUCAUCCUCCUUCUCCUUCUGCAGAAAAGGAAAAAACUUAUGAGACCCCAUGUGACUAUUUUAAUGGCAAAUGGGUCCGUGACAAGAGAGGCCCUUUGUACAAUGGCUCUACCUGUGCUACAAUCAAAGAGAGCCAGAAUUGCAUCAUCAAUGGGAGGCAUGACUCCACCUACCUUCGCUGGAGAUGGAAACCAAGUGAAUGCCAUCUUCCAAGGUUUGAACCAAACACUUUUCUCCAACUCAUAAGAAACAAGCAUGUAGCUUUUGUUGGGGACUCUAUGGCUAGGAACCAAAUAGAGUCCCUUCUUUGCUUGCUAGCCACUGCAUCAACUCCAAAACGUGUCCACCACAAGGGUUCUCGUAGGUGGCACUUUGAUUCUCACAAUGCAAGCUUGUCCCUCUAUUGGUCCCCUUUUCUUGUGCAAGGGGUUCAAAGAACAAGCACAGGGCCACAGCAUAAUGUAAUGCAUUUGGAUCUUGUUAAUGAGAAGUGGGCUAGGGAUGUGGAUCAAAUGGACUUGAUUGUGCUGUCUGUUGGGAAUUGGUUUUUGGUUCCUUCAGUUUACUAUGAGGGUGGUAAGGUCUUAGGUUGCCUAAAGUGUCAUGGUCUUAAGUACAGUGAUGUUAGUUUUUAUGGUUCACUAAGAAAGGCUUUGAGGAUUGCUCUUAAUAGCAUUAUUGAGAGGAAGGUGGGUAAAGGAAAUGGAGUUGAUGUAAUUUUGAGAACAUUCUCACCUUCCCAUUUUGAAGGUGAUUGGGAUAAGGGUGGUAGUUGUUCAAAGACUAAGCCUUAUAGAAAGGGUGAGAUGCAACUUGGAGAAGUGGAUGCUGAGAUCAGAAGGAUUGAGAUGGAAGAAGUGGAAAAUGCUAAGGCAAAAGUUAAACAAUUUGGAGGGUUUAGGUUGGAGGCACUUGAUGUAACAAAAUUAGCAUUGUUGAGACCAGAUGGUCAUCCUGGUGCUUAUAUGAAUCCUUUUCCAUUUGCUAAUGGGGUUCCAAAGCGUGUGCAGAGUGAUUGUGUUCAUUGGUGCUUGCCAGGGCCUAUAGACUCAUGGAAUGAGAUCUUUCUAGAGAUGAUGAAAAAGUGGGAGAAACAGCCAAGAAGCCAACAGUGAAGAAUUCCUCUUGUUAAUUUAUUACACUAAUAUUUUUCCACCACACAAUAAGUCCUAUUUUUGUUGGUGGAAUACUAAUGACAUUCUUUUUUAUUAGUUAAAAUUGAUGUAAAUCUUACCGAUUUGUAAAUAAUAUCUACUAAAUCGAGAUUGGGACUCAUGUUUAGUAGAACUCUCAUCAUUUUAAUUAAUAAAAAAGAAAGCGUCCAAAAAAGAGUAUAUCGAUAAUAUUUUUAGUUUAA